ACCACACUGGAGCACAGUUUUCUUGGCUGGGCUGUGCCAAACAGCAGGUCUGGCAGUUCCUAUGCUAUUAGCCGAUCUUCUCAUAAAAAAUCAUUUGAACCACAUGACAGAUAAGCUAGAUCCCUCCAGUUCAGUGACAUCAGUUACCUGAGGUGCUGCUGAGACAUCAGCCUAAUGGGGAAGUUAUGGUUCAGAGCUGGCAACUCUUCAGCAGUCCCCAGUCAACUUCAGACUGCCCGUCAACCUGUUAGACAGCGUCUGCUGUCAGAGAUGGACCACUUUGUGGGCUACUCUUGCUUGUGUUGUUGUAAGUACAUCACCUAGCCAUGGAGAAGAGCCCGGUUAUAACACAAGAGCAGCCAUUGUUGUGCUUUUCAUGCUGUAUUUUUCAUCCUUAAAGUCUUUUCCUUUUUUCCUGGUGAGCUCUGUUGUUGCUUCGUUCCCUUUUUUGGCCCAUGCUUGGAACAAUCAGCUUUGACCCAGCUUUGCACAGCGUCAUCCACGUCAACAGGAAACAAGAAAAGACAAAAACAGAAAUCUCAUAUGUUUCUGGUCUGCGGGAUGUGCGGAGUGCUGUGUGCUCGAAAGAGGACUGGCCUUAUUAUGAUCCUCUUUUCAGCGUGCUGCAUCUGUGGGCUCAUUGCCGGGAUCUUAAACGUCCAGUUUGUUCGGGCACUGAACAAACGGCCGGACAAGAUGCAAACAAUCCACCUGGCUGCAAUGACUCUGGCUUGUCUAGGGAUCUCGACCUGUACCUUAUCCACGUGGCUGACUUGUCGCCUGGCAAGCUCGGAGCAGCAAAGGAUGUUCUUGGAGAGGGAACACUCGCUACAUCAUUCCCAUGAGAUGACAGAGAAGGAGGUCCUGGACAACUCCAGUAAUGGUAUUCCUCAGAUCUCCUAUAAUGGACACACCGCGGCGUCUCCUUGAGGAAGUUUCAGCAGGAGGUGAUUUGCAGUCUUAAACAGGAGCAGUUACUAAAACUCAUGCUGUCACGCAGCUAAUGCAGCUUGUAGUAGACUGCAUUUAACUGUAUCCUGACUGCAGGGACUGAACCAAAUUUGUCGCCUUGGAACCCGUUUACCUGCUGACUGAGUGAAGCGGACAGCAUGAAGGAGCCGUUUGUGCUUCUGAAUAUUAUGCAAACAUGGGUUCAAAUACCUUCGGUUUAACUCACACCAAAGCCGGGAUGGUGAGCUGCCGUUUGGAUGACAAAUGAGGUGACAGACAUCUGCGUGAAAUCCUCCAAUUUGUGAGCGGGAAGGAUACAUUUCAUCCAGUCAGAUCAAAGUGAUGAGCACAAACCAAGCAUGCAGCUGAUUCACUUGUUUAGAAGAGCUAUUUCAGUCUCAUCGUCCUUAUUCUCUCUCUCUCUGUCAUGUUAUUGGUUUAUGGAAUUCAGAUCUUGAGAUAGCCUUUGGUAAACUGUAUGUAUCAUCUGAUAAUGGAAUGCUUUGAGAGAAAAAAAUUACAGUAAUGCACAAUGUACUGUAUGUAUCCAUGCUUGUAAAUCAAACAUAUUUUUAUAAUGCUUCUUAUAAAGUUCAUUCAAUUAAA